AUGGCUUCUAAACAACUCUGUCGCGACUUUGCUAGAGGAAAAUGCAAGUGGAGAGCUUGCAAGUAUUCUCAUGUGAAUCUGCGACAGGAGGUCAAACUACCCCCUACAGAUCCGGAUCACGGACCAACGCACACUUUAAGCCUAACUCCCCUAGAGAGGGAAGUGCAAGUGUGGAAAGCAAGCAUUCCUCUGGAAAAAGCUACCCCUCGCCCCUCAUCGCAAACGAAGUCUGCCAUCAUCCAGAAAGCGAGAGAGCUUAUCAGUACCAAUGCUACUUCACGACAGGAAGUUGUCGAGACACUGGCGACUGAACAUGGCUUGAAAUUCAUCCUAGAUCUUGUUCUGGAUGAGUUCCAGAACAUGUCUGUCAAGACAAAGCAGAAUAUCUUCAAAGCUCGGAUUCUCCCGCUCCUGCAAACGGUCUCACAUUCCGAUAUCCUGUCUUCGCCCGUAUUGGAGCAGUCAGUGGGUACCAUUUACAACGUUUUGUUCGGCAUUGAUGGUUCCAGAGCAGCCCGUUUGCUGAAAUUCACGUGUGAUAUUCUUGCAAACUUGCCUAGGAAUCAAGGCAGUGCUCUGAUACUGCAGACUUCUCUGCUCACCUUCUCUCGCAUUAUUGAUCUCAACUCUUCGGCCAUCAUCCAAGAGUGUCUCCAUGCUGAAGCUCAACGAUUUGAGAAGAUAUUCCGCUCGAUGGAUACGGAUGACUUGACGGAUACACUUCAGCAGUCUCGCAUGGACCUUGAGCAUAUCCUUCAACGCAUGGAAAUUGGAAAGGAGCUUCCAAUCAGCGACGCAGAGAACAAAGCUUAUCCCACGCUCGAUUCUGAAUUUGUGACUCAAUAUGGAACGCCUGGAGGCCGGCAUGAUAACGACCACGCUGAUAUUUGCGAUAUUAGGAUCAUGCCGAGCUUUGAGGAAAUCUCCAGCAGAGACACGGAGUACUUGCCGGUCGUUAAUCCAUUUCAAUGGCAUGUUAAAGGCCUCGACGGAUUGCUGGAUCGAAAUUUUCGACUCCUGCGAGAGGACACCGUCGGCCAGCUGCGAGACGCAAUUCACCAUGAGCUGGACCAGUCUCACCUGGUUGAUCCCUCGCGAAAACAGCUACGAAAGGUUGUUUACCAUGAUCUCCGGGUCAUCGAUCUAGGGUUCAACUGGAUUUCAGGCUUCUUCUUCGAAGUUGAAUUCCCGCAGCCUACUGGAGUUGCCAACCAAACACCCACGGCCCGAGAAAUGUGGUGGAAGACAUCCAAGCGUCUAAGCCCAGGCGCCCUCGUGUGCGUACUUGUCAAAAAGCCCCAGGAGGAAAACUUGGUACUAUUUUGCACCGUGGCAAACAGGAUCAUGUCAUCCAGGAAACGCCAGGAAAAUGGAACACCGUUGUUCAAGACAGACCCAACAUCUUUGUGGAAAAAUCCCCAAAGCGCCUCAGUUACGCUGAUGUUAGUUGAUUCCAGACAUAGCAAUCUUCAGAUCAUCCUCAACCUCAACAGCCCUAAGAGACCGGUGUUUUUUCUCGUCGAAUUCCCAGGCGUUCUUCUUGCGGCCUUCGCGCCAGCACUCAACGCACUUCAGUCUAUGAAGCGCGGUAAGUUCCUACCUUUCUCGGAGCUUUUCGUCCCUUGGGUCAUCGAAAGAGGAAGACGACCUGGGAUUCGGCCGCCACCGUACGCUCUAUCUCCUGGUUUUGAGUUCAAUCUUCGCUGCAUCAUGAAGAACAACGCCAAUUUCUAUGUCCACCAUGAUCGUCCUACUGAUUUCGAAUAUCUCGAAGAGAAUUCAAGCCUGGAUGGUGCGCAGUCUCGUGCACUGGUCAAUUGCUUGGGGCGACAGCUUGGUUUAAUCCAAGGUCCACCUGGUACUGGCAAGAGCUAUACCGGUGUAGCUCUGAUCAAGGUCUUGUUAGCAAACAGGAACAACAGCACGGGAACCGGUCCCAUCCUGUGCGUCACAUACACCAAUCAUGCACUUGAUCAGCUCCUUGAGGCAUUGCUGGACAAUAAAGUGACAACACAAAUUGUUCGCAUUGGUGCUCAGUCCAAAUCGGAGAGGCUGGGGAAAUUCAAUCUUCAACUGAUCUCCAGAGAGGUAACAAAGACAAAACUGGAGAGAAGAGAAAGAUGGCGCGCAAGUGAGAUACUCUCAGGGUGUGAAGAUGACUUUCGAGCCCUACGCUUCAAAACAACUCCCCCAACGAAUCAUUUCAAGCAGUUUCUUCAAAUUUAUCACCGUCGCCACCACAAUGAGCUGUUUGGGAUUGAAGAGGAUGGCUUUCAGAGACAAGUCAAAUCCACACCUGCGGCCAUUCUUGACUCCUGGAUUCAGUCUGCAUCAGAAAGUGAUACCCGCUCUCGGCCUGUGAACGAACUGCUAGAAGCCAAUGUCUUCGACAUGUCUGGCAAGGAGCGCCAGCGUCUUUAUGACUAUUGGAACAAAGGAGUUUGCCAACAGUUCGACGUAGAAGUGUUCCGGCUUGUCAACACCCACAAAGAUGCCAAAAUACAGUUCGAUUGCGUGCAGGAUCAGAUGCAUCUUCGUUGUUUGGCCAAUGCCGAUAUCAUCGGCGCGACUACAGCAGGCCUUGCCCGACGACUUGAUAUUUUCCGGAAGCUCCACUGCCAGUUCAUGAUAUGUGAAGAGGCUGGUGAAGUCCUUGAAUCGCAUCUUCUGACGGCUUUCCUGUCCACUGUCGAACAUGCGAUCCUUAUUGGUGAUCAACAACAGCUCCGUCCACAGGUCCAGAACUACGAGCUUUCCAGCGAGAACCCUCAGGGAGGAGGUCGGUACGCACUCGAUAUCUCUUUGUUCGAAAGACUGGUUAGUUCAAACCCAGGUCCAAUGAGCUGCGGACUGCCUUUCAGCACGCUGGAAACUCAACGACGAAUGCAUCCUUCCAUCGCGCGGCUAAUUCGCGAGACGAUUUACUCAAAUUUGAAAGAUUCACCAUCGGUUGAAAUAUAUCCAAAUGUCAUGGGAAUGCGGAAAAGAUUAUUCUGGUGGGAUCAUCGUAAGGCAGAGGAAGGACCAUCGGGCGAUGUCAUGUCAACCUCUCACUGGAACAGGCACGAAGUCGACAUGACCGUUGCGCUACUGAAUCACCUCGUUCAGCAGGGAAAAUACGAAAGCGGGGAUAUCGCAGUGUUGUCUCCGUACCUGGGCCAGCUUCACCGGCUUCGACAAAAGCUCGAAGAGUCUUUUGCCCUCGCCCUCGGAGAUCGUGACGAGGAAGAUCUCAACAAUGCCGGUUUUGCGAACGAGGAAGGCACGGAGAAGACUGUGGUCAAGACGACUUUACUUCAGACUCUUCGUGUUGCUACAGUGGACAAUUUCCAAGGAGAAGAGGCAAAGAUUGUCGUGAUAUCUCUCGUUCGAAGCAACCCAGAAGGCCGAUGCGGCUUAUCCGCAAUACUAACCGAAUCAAUGUUCUCCUGUCAAGAGCUCAGCACGGGAUGUACAUCAUCGGCAACUCCCAGACCUCUAUCCAUAUUCCCAUGUGGACGAAGGUCAUUGACAUUCUACGGCAAGGCAAUAACAUCGGAUCUGCUUUGGAAUUGA